AAAAAAAAACAUAAACUCUCUAACUAUAUUACACAUAAAUGUUAAAACAAUCACUUUUUUUUUAGAAUCACACAGUAAGCAUAAGCACAUUUGGAUGUCAAGUCUCAACCAAUGUUUCGUCUCAUCACCAAAAGCGAAGCUCUAGAAUGAUUGUCAACAACUUACUCUUAUGGGAUUGCCAAGGGUUCAAGCAUGUUAUUGAUCUCAAUGGCACAAUAAGCAUUGGUGAAGAGCAGUUAGUUGAUGUGAAAAGGUUAACACUCAAUAGUUUACCUGAGUUGGUGCUUCUAUGGAACAAGAAUCUUCAUGAAAUUGGGAGCCUUCGAAGCUUAAAGGCACUAAUUAUUGAAAACUGUUCUCAUCUAAGAAGUUUGUUUACGCAUUCCAUGGCCACGGCUCUUCAACACUUAGAAAUGUUAUCAGUGAGAUCUUGUGAAAUGAUGGAAGAGAUUAUUAUUAUUAUUGAAGAGAAUAAUAUUAAUUUUGUAGGAGAAGAGAAGGCAACUUGCCAUAUUGAGUUUCCAAAAUUAGAAGUGUUGAUUCUAUUUGACCUACCAAGCCUCAAAAACUUUUGCAACGAUGAAAGAGGUUCAUUUAGCUUUUCAUCAUUGUGUAGUAUUGACGUGCAGCGUUGCCCAAAGAUGAAAACCUUUGCUUCUGGACAAAUUUCCUUGCCGCAAGGGAUGAUACAAGCCAGGGUAGGAGAUGAAAUGAUUGAAAUCACAAAUCUUAAUGCAUUUUUUGAGUCCAGGAAUGAGAAUAACAACCGCAUGAUGAUAACCAUAAACUGGGGAGAUGACUAUGACGAGGGUGAAUAUGACUCCGAUGUUGAUAUUUAGAGUGAAGAUGAUUGAUGUUGAUAUUGCAGAGUUGUGCUAAUCUCUAGGCAUCAAGGGGUAUUCAAAAAGAUACAUUUUCCAAUUGGAUACUUAAGAGGAACCAGAGGCGUAGACGCAGUUUACCAAGGUGAGGGGAGAUGUUGAAGUCGAUCAAUUAGUAGCAGGAAAGGUGUAGAAAAAAUAAGGAGGUUUGCCUAUUGCUAUAGUUGCAAUUGGGAGUUGCAUGAAAGGGUGAGGAAGCUCAAUGCUCUAGUCUUGACGAAUUAGAGAAUUCCCCGGUAAAAUUGUAGAAGUUGAGGAUGCAAAGUCAUGCUUCUUGCUCAAGUCUAGUCUUUGUUCGGAGAAGAUGCCAAAAUUUAUUCUAUAUAUUGAUGAUUUGGCCAGAUAUGUCUUGGCCUUGAGGUUGUAAGAAUUUUGAAGUACAAGCUAUGGUUAAUCUUUCCUAAAAAGAUUUUGGUUGUUGCUAAAUGGAAACAGAAAUGAGCUUUCAAAUAUCAAUGAUGCUUACUUACAAGAACA